AUGGCGACGACCAAGGCUUCUGCUGAAGUUCGAGAGACCAUAGAUUCGAACAUUGAUUCCCCGGUCUGCCCGACCCCCAAUCACAAAUGGUUGAACUGGCUGGUGCUCAUAAAUUUAAUUAUUAUCGGUCUUGCAGAGGGUCUUUGGGGCUAUGAUGGAGCUUUGAUCUCUCCUCUCAUAUCGCUUCCACAUUUCGUAGCCAAAUAUCAAGGUCCUGGAUUUGAUGGAGCAUACGUCUUUUCUGCGAGAAACUUGGAUUUACUCGUGGCGCUUCCCAUAUGCGGAGGUGCUAUCGGCGCGUUUGUAGCGACUCCGCUUCAGAGACGAAUCGGACGCAAGAGGAGUCUUCUCCUGGCUUACGCUAUACUCUGCAUUCCUGGCUCCAUUUUGCAGCUUUUUGCCCCCAAUCUGGCCGCCUUUGUUUUUGGGAGGUUCUGGAAUUACCUUGGUAUGGGCAUACUGACCAACAUCACCACCAUAUAUCAAUCAGACCUCGUCCCUGCUCAUGUCAGAGCUCGAGCCGUUGGAUUCACCGUUGCAGGUUUUGCUGCAUCCGCUCUCCUUGCUACGGUUGUUGUAUGGGCGGCCGAAAAGAUCGACGAUCACCGCCAGUAUGUCAUUCCGCUGGGGAUUCAAGCAGCUGCCCCUGCGCUGUUAUUCGUUUUGACUCUUUUCAUCCCCGAAUCCCCAAUAUGGCUGAUCAGUAAAGGGCGAAUCGAUGAGGCAAGAGCUGUUCUGACGUCUUUACGUGCGGAAAACAUGACAUUGGUGGAGGCCGAGGUCACAGCUGCCUUGGAUGCUCUCAAGACCGAACAUGACGAACGAGCGACGAGAAGCGUCUGGGAUAUCCUGAAACCGCCACAUCUCGAAAGAACUUUAUCCUCUGGAGCACUUUACUGUACGUCACAAUCGAGUGGCCAGAUCCUCGUAUCCACAUAUUCUACUGUGAGCCUCAUCCAAGCCGGAGUCGCCGAUCCAUUUAAGAUUACAGUCAUUAUCUACAUGGCACAACUAAUUGGCACCAUUAUUGGCCCUCCCUUGGUUGACAAAAUCGGUCGGCGACCAGUCGCACUCUACUGCUUCACCAUCCUGUUUCUUCUCGACAUCGCUUUGGGUGGAAUAGCAUGUGCCGGUCUAACUACUAAUGCACAGCGUCUGGCUUUGGCCUCACUCUGUAUUAUCUUCUUUUUCGUUGAUGCACUCUCUUUUCAAUCGCUCUGCUAUUUAGCCCCUACCGAGAUUCCUACAGCGGCUCUGCGUGAACCGGCACAGAGUUGGUCGCUGAUAUGGGCUUACAGCACUGCGGUCAUAAGCUCGUUCGCUGCGCCGCAAAUAACAAGUCCGAACGCGGGUAACUUGGGGGCGAAGGCAUUCUUGAUCUUUGCCGGUUUCAUGUUACUAACGAUCAUCUGGACCUACUUUUACUAUCCUGAGACGGCUAAUAGAACUCUCGCGGAAAUCGAUGAGUUGUAUGCUUCGAAGCUGCCAAAACGCAAGUGGAAAAACUACAAGACCGUAGGGCCAAGGGUUGUUGCACCUGAGGCAUCGGAAAAGGAUGCAAGCCAAUCUGAGUGCUAG